AUGCUGCGAACUUGUGGUGCGCGGAGCGGCGGCAGGCGCUGCGCGAUGGACGCUUUCUCCCGGUGGGGGCUCGGGCUUCUGGUCGCUUGGGCUUGCCUGCAGGGAGAGCGCUGCUGGGUGCGCGGUGCAAGAGUAAAAUGUGAAGAAUCUCAGUUCCAGUGUAAUAAUGGUCGCUGUAUAACUCUGGUGUGGAGAUGCGAUGGGGAUGAGGACUGUUCUGAUGGCAGCGAUGAGCUAUCCUGUGUGAAGAAGACAUGUUCAGCAUCAAAUUUUGUAUGCAACAGUGGGCAGUGUAUACCAAACAGAUGGCAGUGUGAUGGAGAUCCUGACUGUGAAGAUGGGUCUGAUGAAAGCCCUGAGCUGUGCCACAUGAGAACAUGUCGGCUAAGUGAAAUCAGCUGUGGUGCUCGAUCAACUCAGUGUGUCCCAGUGUCCUGGAGAUGUGAUGGUGAAAAUGAUUGUGAUAAUGGUGAAGAUGAAGACAACUGUGCCAAUGUAACUUGCAGUGCAGAAGAAUUCACGUGUGCCAAUGGGCAAUGUAUCUCCAAGAACUUUGCCUGUAAUGGUCAAGAUGACUGCAGUGAUGGUAGUGAUGAAGUGGACUGUGCACCACCUACCUGUGCACCUAAUAUGUUCCAGUGCAAAAGCACUACCUGUAUCCCAGGUAACUGGGUAUGUGAUGGUGAUGUAGACUGUCCUGAUGUGUCGGAUGAAUCUCUAGAGCAGUGUGGCCGUCCACCUCUCCAUUCUGCAACAUGCAGCCCAAAUGAAAUGCAGUGUGGGACAGGGGAAUGUAUUCAAGGCAAAUGGCGUUGCGAUGGGGACACUGACUGCAAGGAUGGAAGUGAUGAGAUCAAUUGCCCUUCUCUGACAUGUAGACCUGACCAAUUCAAAUGUGACGAUGGCAGCUGUAUCCAUGGUACCAGGCAAUGUAAUGGAGUAAGGGACUGUGUAGAUGGCUCUGAUGAAAUAAACUGUAAAACAGCUGUCCAGUGCAGUGGACCUAAUAAAUUCAAGUGCAGGAAUGGGGAGUGCAUAGAAUCCAGCAGGGUAUGUGACCAGCAACUAGACUGCCGAGACUGGAGUGAUGAACCACUGAACGAAUGCAAUGUAAAUGAAUGCCUGGUGAACAAUGGUGGCUGCUCACACAUCUGCAGAGACCUGCCUAUUGGUUAUGAAUGUGACUGCCCUGCUGGAUUUGAGCUAAUAGACAGAAAAACCUGCGGAGAUAUUGAUGAAUGCCAGAAUCCUGGUAUCUGCAGUCAAAUCUGUAUAAACCUGAAAGGAGGUUAUAAAUGUGAAUGCAGCCGUGGGUAUCAGAUGGAUUUGGCUACUGGAGUGUGUAAAGCUGUUGGAAGAGAACCAUGUCUGCUAUUCAGUAAUCGCCAUGACAUCAGAAAGUUUGGCCUGGAGAGAAAUGAAUAUAUCCAGAUUGUGGAAAACUUAAGACAUGUUAUUAGUCUGGAUGCAGAUAUGACAGAGCAUAAACUCUUCUGGGCAGACUUUGUGCUGAAGGGUGUCUUCAGUGCCUCCGUUGAUUCUCAUGACAGAGUCGGCAAGAUCUUUAGGACCACGGAUGAUGUGCAGAGUCCUGGAGACAUUGCCAUUGACUGGAUUUAUAAGAACAUCUACUGGAUUGAUUCCAACUCAAUAUUGGUGGCUAACCUUCUUGGUACAAAAAGGAAGAUCCUGUUUGACACAGAUUUCAAAGAGCUGGCCUCAAUUGCUGUGGAUCCUCUUUCUGGCUUCAUGUAUUGGUCUGAUUGGGGUGAACCAGCCAAAAUUGAAAAAGCAGGGAUGAAUGGUCUUGCCAGGCAGCAGAUUGUAACAGCAAUCGAGUGGCCGCUUGGGAUAGCACUAGAUCUUGUAAAGAAUCGUCUCUACUGGGUUGAUGCUAAACUGCAUACACUGUCCAGUGUGGAUAUGAAUGGCCAAGAUCGUAGGGUUGUGCUGCAGUCUCAUGAAUUUCUUGCUCAUCCCCUUUCUCUGACAAUAUUUGAGGAUCGUGUCUUCUGGCUCGAUGGGGAAAAUGAUGCACUGUAUGGUGCAAAUAAGUUCACAGGAGCUGAAGUGGCAACGUUAGUAAACAACUUGAAUGAUGCUCAGGAUCUCAUAGUGUAUCAUGAACUUGUGCAGCCUACAGGAAGGAACUGGUGUGAAGAGAGUAUAGCAAAUGGAGGCUGUGAAUAUCUGUGUCUGCCUGCUCCCCAGAUAAAUGAACACUCUCCAAAGUAUACAUGCACAUGCCCAGUUGGAUCUGCACUACACGAUAAUGGAGUAAGAUGUAGAGUUUCAGGUGCAGGAACUACUGUGACUUACACUGAGGCAAAAGACAGCAGUACAACAGAAAAACCACUUGAACCCCUUUCUGGAGGACAAAAUCUGACUAGUCCAAUGUCAGAAGAGCUAGCUUCUGCUAGAAGUUCCUCAGCAGCAUGGGCUAUUCUUCCUGUAUUAUUGUUAGCAAUGGCAGCAGUGGGUGGCUACUUCAUGUGGCGUAACUGGCAGCACAAGAACAUGAAGAGUAUGAACUUUGACAACCCAGUGUACUUGAAAACAACUGAAGAAGACCUCUCUAUAGACAUUGGAAGACACAGCAGUUCAGUGGGACACACAUACCCAGCAAUAUCGGUUGUAAGCACAGAUGAUGACUUGUCCUGAGUCCUCCAGUAAUCGCCUCCCGAUCUGUACCUUUUUGGAUGGUAACCAGGCCGCUGGCUAAACAGGUCCC